AUGGGGGGAUAUCAGAUAUCUACUCCGUAUGAUGAAGUGACAGCGGCAAAGUUUCAGGCGCUUAACGUCGUGUCAGCUGCAGCGCUGGCUGCUCAGCUCUGGGAGGCAAUGAUCUGCUUUACUGAUGAGGUCGAAUAUCUUUGGAGGGGCCACAUCUGUACUGUCAAAAUGGUGUACGGUUGUUCGCGUUAUGUGCUCCUCCUUGGGCAAAUCGUGAUUCAAGCUCUUUCUAUAACCCUGCACUUUCAUCAACAGUCGGAGCAGCAGACCUUUUGCCAUAUGAAGCUGAUCUGCCAAACAAUAUGGACCCAAAUUGGAACGUUGCUUUUGGAACUGGUCAUUAUUCUCAGAGUUUAUGCACUCUAUGGCCGGCAUCCCGUAGCAAAAUGGUGUCUCUCUCUGCUCUUCAUCGUCUCAGCAACCCUAGAAGUAUGGGGAAGCGCCAUAUUUAUCGAUAAAGUAUCUCAUCUGCGCGGAUGUGUGUCCAUCAGGGCCGAGCGUAUUAGUAUAUAUCUCUUUGGAAUCGGCGUCGGAUUUAUACAGAUCAGUACAGUCGCUGCAACUAUAAUAGGAUUGAUUACCCGGUAUCUAUCUGGAAAGUCGCAUACACCUCUAGCAUCUAUGGUGCUAAGCCAGGGAGUGAUGACCUUUUUCAUAGUCCUAGCUCUAGUGGGUACUUUGACCGUUUUCUCUUUUGUUCGUGACCUUGAUGGGCAGAAUGGGGAUUCUAUUUUGUCGUGGUACAUCGCAGUUGUAUCGAUUGUUACUUGCCGACUGAUACUACGCAUGCGGAAAUUGUCAACUUCUGAUGAUUCAGGGACUUCGGGUGCCGAAUCGGAUUACUUUGAGUUGACUGUACUUACUGGAUCGCUUUAUACUUCCACGACUCUUUAUCACGCAACUGACGUCGUUAAGAGAGAGCAUAUCGACGAAAUACCGCCCGAAGAAGUCAGGGAGAUGGAAGAGGACUUUGAAAAACUUAAAAAAAUGAAAAAUAUAAAAAUCAAGAGAGAUAAAAACCGGGAGUUCUUGCUCAGUACUAUACGCGACCGCUUGAAGCCCAUCGGGCUGGAUUUGUUCAACAUCACUCUUGACAAGGAACGAAUCGACCUGAUAGUUCCACGUGCGUUCCUUCACGCGACCUAUGGUGGAAGUCCAAUGCAAAUUUUUCCUCGAAUUGGCCCAAAGUUUCUGAAGAUUCAUGGGUUAAACGACUUCAUGUACCUCAGCCCCUUGUUCCAGCCAGAAGCACCUCAGGUCCCCGGAGCACCCGGCUUAUACCUUGACUCACAUCCACCACAGGGAAGCAAGAAAGGUCAGUGGGCUAAGCUCAUGCGCGUCUUUACCAAGAUUUCCGACAGCCCCAGCAAAUCGCAAUACAUGGGCCAAUAUCAAAUAUGUUCGUGUAAGUCGUUAACGAAGGACGAAUGGGCCAUCCAAUCAGCCGCGGCGAAACAUAUUGCAAAUGAUGCUUGGGGACUUGACGUCUGCGCGCGUGUUCUGUGGAGGAAGGAAUUUGGUCGUGAACCUACUGCAGCUGAAGUUGAUAGGGCGUACGCCCGUCUGGCAAAUAAAUCGGCAAAGCCCGCACCUGAGGAGAUCCAAGCUGCAUAUCUCAAGGGCGAAGAGAAAAUGGGUGUCUACACCAUGAAGUGUGUCGGAUAUGACAGCAAGUUUCAAAUCGAGACCUACAAGAAAUUUCAGACCUGGGUGCCUCCUCCACCAAAGGAAAGGCCACAAAAGCCAAUAGAAGGAGAAAAAGGGUCUAUCAAAUCCAAUAUUGCCACUAAAAAGCGAAAAGUGGCAUCUACCGACCCAAAUUCGAGAAGAAAGAGAAAGCGUAAAAAUGAUGAGGAGGAGGGAGAGAAGGAGGAUGACGACGUACAAGAAGCCGAGUACCGCCAAACUUAUGGUUCUGAAGAAGACAUGGACUUCGAACUGGAGACACUGAUAUAUAGAUCUAGGGGGACACGCUCGCGUCCUAUACGCCUGUAG